AUGGGGGAUCUGAACAACACCAGUGCCAUGCGACAUACUGUCCAGUUUGGCCCAGAUCCAGCUUAUUCGUACCGUUCUUUUGCCAUCACUGAGCUAGAAGACGACGCUAAGAUCCGACGACUGUACCGGCCAUUCCUCUCCGACCCAGCAGUGGCCCAAAAUGACUGGGUAUCGAAGUUAGAGCUCAGCACUGCGCUUAAAAUGGUAGAACAGCAUCUGUCGGAUUCUAGUAAUGACAGGUUAAAAGUUCUCGUCCUUUAUGGCAGUUUAAGGAGGCGAUCGUACUCCCGACUACUAGCAUACGAAGCUUCCCGCAUCUUGUUCCGUCUAGGAUGCGACGUUCGAGUUUUCAAUCCGGAGGGCCUGCCUGUGAAAGACGAUGUACAGCACGAUCAUCCGAAGGUACAGGAACUACGCGAACUCAGCAAAUGGAGUGAUGGACAUGUAUGGGUGUGCCCAGAGCAGCACGGAAACCUGACCGCGGUAUUCAAAAACCAGAUUGACUGGGUCCCCCUCAGCACCGGCUCUGUUCGACCGACCCAAGGCCGCACUCUGGCGAUUGCACAAGUGUCUGGAGGUUCUCAGUCUUUCAAUACGGUUAACAGCCUCCGGGUCCUAGGUCGCUGGAUGCGCAUGUUCACGAUUCCGAACCAGAGUUCGAUACCGAAAGCGUAUACCCAGUUCACGGCUGACCAUGAGGAAGAAGGCGGCAGCAGACUUAUGCCGAGCGACAAUCGGAAUCGUUUGGUGGACUGCAUGGAGGAAUUUGUCAAGUAUAGCAUCGUUAUGAGGCCGCAUUUCCAUCUGUUUGGGGAUAGAUUUAGCGAGCGGAUUGAAAGGACUGCGAAGGAAGAGAAGAAACAAAAGGAAAAUGUUGAAAGCAAUGGAACCGUAGUCGAGAUACGGGCACCCGGGGCCGAUUCUGUUAGUGAUGGUGGAAAACUGGGCGUUGUAGCGGCGUAG